AUGAGAGGUGAGUUUAAUGGCCUUGAAACAAAGAUUUUGAGAGAACAACCUUAUGCAUUUUAUGUUCAUUGCUUUGCUCAUAAACUUCAACUAGCUCUUGUUGCCGUAGUAAAGAAAAACAUUGAUGUCAACUCUUUUUUCACAACAGCUAAUAGUUUGGUUAAUGUUGUUGGAGCAUCUUGUAAGCGUCGAGAUGCACUUAGCGCACAAUACCAAGAAGAGCUUGUGAAGGCUUUUGAGAAUGAUUGUUUUAUAACAGGGCGAGGUUUAAAUCAAGAAACUAGUCUCAAACGUGCCAGCGAUACACGAUGGAACUCACAUUAUGGUACGUUGAUUAGUAUCAUUUCUAUGUUCUCAUCUGUGGUGAAUGUGCUUCAAAUGAUUGUUGAUGAUAAUCGUAAUGAUAGUUCGGGUGAAGCCUAUAAUUUAUGGAGAGAAAUACAAUCUUUUGAGUUUGUGUUUCACUUAUUUUUAAUGAAAGCUAUAUUGGGAAUAACAAGUACUUUGUCUCUAGCAUUGCAAAAGAAAGAUCAAGACAUUGUGAGUGCAAUGAGUUUAGUGAAAACAUGCAAGGAAAACAUACAGUUGAUGAGGGAUAAUGAGUUUGAAGAAUUGGUUGAGCAAGCAUCUUCAUUUUGUGACAAACACGAUAUUAUAGUUCCUACCAUGGAUGAGGAAUAUGUAAUUCCAGGAAGAUCACGACGUAAUGCUCCAAUGAAGACAAAUUAUCAUCGUUGUGGUGUGAAGAUCUUUGUUCAUGUAAUUGAUGGGCAACUUGAGGAAUUAAAUGAUCGCUUUGACGAGUUGCAACCGCUUCAGUGGAGAGGGCAGUUUCCAUCAUGA